CUGCGAAGCGGCGCGCUCGGCCUCGCAGCGCCGGCCGGUUCGGGCUCUCCCGGGACUUCGCGGGCGCGGGCGGGUUCAUAACUGUGAUCUGAGCUAUGGCUCCCUUCUUACGAAUAUCGUUCAACUCUUUUGAGUUAGGACCAAUGCAGAACCAAGAACUUUCACAGCCUUUCUGUGCAAUAAAAAUGAAAGAGGCCAUGACAACAGAGAGAGGCAAAACUUUGAUUCAGAAAAAACCCACUAUGUAUCCAGACUGGAAAUCUUCCUUUGAUGCCCACAUCUAUGAGGGGCGUGUGAUACAGAUUGUCCUCAUGAAGGCCGCAGAGGAGCCACUGUCUGAGGUGACCGUGGGUGUGUCUGUUUUGGCUGAAAGAUGUAAGAAGGGCAAUGGGAAAGCAGAAUUCUGGCUUGAUUUACAGCCUCAGGGGAAAGUACUGAUGGCUGUACAGUACUUCCUAGAAGAUGGAGAUUGCAAGCAGUCACUAAGGGAAGAUGAAGGAACUGUAACCAUAAAUAGAAGAGGAGCAAUAAAACAGGCAAAGAUCCAUCAUAUCAAAAACCAUGAAUUUAUUGCAACCUUUUUUGGACAACCCACAUUUUGCUCUGUUUGUAAAGAGUUUGUCUGGGGGCUGAACAAGCAAGGAUACAGAUGUAGACAAUGCAAUGCUGCUAUUCACAAAAAAUGUAUUGACAAAAUCAUUGGGAGGUGUACCGGCACUGCUGCGAACAGCAGAGACACAAAGUUUCAGAAGGAGCGCUUCCACAUUGACAUGCCUCACAGAUUCAAGGUUUACAACUACAUGAGCCCCACCUUCUGUGACCAUUGUGGGAGUCUUCUCUGGGGACUAGUUAAACAAGGAUUAAAGUGUGAAGAAUGUGCAAUGAACGUACACCACAAAUGUCAAAAAAAGGUGGCAAAUCUAUGUGGCAUCAAUCAGAAACUAUUGGCAGAAGCUUUAAACCAAGUUAGUCAGAGAUCUAACAGGAAAUCUGAUCCUGGCUCACUAGAAAAUGUUGGCAUUUACCAGGAUUUUGAUAAGAAACAUAAACCCUAUGUUGGAGAUGUAGCAGAUAGUAGUGAGUAUGAUAAGCUGUGGGAGGGGAGGUCACUGACUCGACCAUCCAGUAGGAGAAAGUUCAACAUGGACAGUUUUAUCUUCCACAAAGUUCUUGGGAAAGGAAGCUUUGGAAAGGUGCUACUUGCUGAGCUGAAAGGGAAAAAUGAAUUUUUUGCAGUAAAAGCUUUGAAAAAAGAUGUGGUGCUGAUUGACGAUGAUGUGGAAUGCACCAUGGUGGAAAAGCGGGUCUUAGCACUUGCAUGGGAAAAUCCAUUUCUUACCCACUUAUACUGCACUUUUCAGACUAAGGACCAUCUGUUCUUCGUUAUGGAGUUCCUUAAUGGUGGAGACCUGAUGUUCCACAUACAGGACAAAGGACGGUUUGAUCUCUUCAGAGCUACGUUUUAUGGAGCUGAAAUAUUGUGUGGCUUACAGUUUCUUCACAGCAAAGGCAUUAUUUAUAGGGACCUCAAACUCGACAAUGUGAUGCUUGAUAAAGAAGGUCACAUCAAAAUAGCUGAUUUUGGUAUGUGCAAAGAGAAUGUGUUUGGAGAAAACAAGGCGACGACUUUCUGUGGUACCCCAGACUACAUAGCACCUGAAAUCCUGCAAGGCAUGAAGUAUACAUUUUCUGUGGACUGGUGGUCCUUUGGAGUUUUGUUAUACGAGAUGCUUAUUGGACAAUCUCCAUUCCAUGGUGAUGAUGAAGAUGAGUUGUUUGAGUCCAUUCGAGUGGAUACGCCUCAUUAUCCACGCUGGAUUACCAAGGAAUCCAAGGAUAUACUAGAAAAGCUGUUUGAAAGGGAUCCAGCAAAGCGACUAGGAAUAACUGGGAGCAUCAGAGAUCACCCUUUCUUCAAAGCCAUUAACUGGACAGCGCUGGAGAAGAGGGAAAUGGAGCCACCCUUCAAGCCAAAAGUGAAAUCAGCAAAUGACUACAGCAAUUUCGACAGAGAGUUCUUGAGUGAGAAACCACGACUAUCCUACAGUGACAAAAACCUAAUAGACUCUAUGGAUCAGACUGCAUUUGCUGGGUUCUCUUUUAUUAAUCCCAAAUUUGAACGAAUUCUGGAGAAAUAGUUCUUCAAAACAUACAGAACUCUGCGGUACAGCUGUAAACAGGAGUUCCCAGGCACUCCAUGCAAAAUGGGAUCAAAGGAUACUUCAUCUCUUUGUCUUCAUUCUGAAUAACACUCAAAUAGUGACUCAUUAAUGUUCUACUGCUAAUUCUUUAGAAACUGGCAGUAAGCUUUAUCUUGCAUGGUUGAGUUUAUCAAGUAUCCUUUUGAAUCAUGUAAAUGAUUUUCUCCACAACAGGAAAAAUGUAAAUUGUGAGUGGUUAUUUGAAUGUAGUAAUCUGUGGGGGGGGGGUAGAAUGUGUAUGCUGUAUAUUUUGCUCAAGUGGUGAAAGAUAGCUUAUGAAGGGUAUUUUAAAUGAAGUGACACCGCUAGCCAGUUCUUCUUCAUCAUCAAAUGAAAUAACUUGAAUUUGUAUUCAGUUUGAUUCUGGGGUUCUGAUACUGUCAUUUUUAAUUUGUAAGUGCCAUGAAUUGAUACCAUGCUUUGCCGAGCUUUUUCCUAGCAAGGUUACAACCUUUUCAUAGAACUUUUUGUCCGUUUGUUUCUGUUGUUUAUUGAUGAAACCACAUUAAAUAUUACAAAAGCACUGCAGGUUUUUUAAA